UCAUAUACAGUUCAUGAAUAAGCACUAAUAAUUUACGGAACUUCCAACAAAUGUAAACAAAUCUGAGGGGCGUUUCUCUGUCAACAAAAGCACAUGUCGACAUGGUUUCGCUGUCCAGUCUUUUGCAGUCCCCUGUCCAGGCUCUUCUCCGUCCCGCCAUGUGGCUCCCCAUUAUUAAAAAAUUGCACAGCUACAAAGAGGUGUGGACGUGUAAAAAUGAAAACACAGUGAUUUUAAAAGCAAUCAUCGAUUCUCUAGAAAUUUUAAAGGAGCAGGACAAGAAAGGCACAGUUUACGAUAUACAUAAGAUAAGCCAAGAUUUAACUUUUGUGAGAGUUUUUGUCUUCACAUGGGCAGAAUGGUUAGAUGUGAUGGAAUUUAAAGUUCUAAAUGGCAAAGUUGAGGCAAAUUCCUUUUCCUCUGGUCUUUUCCCCCUUUUCAUUCCAUUUAUAAGCAUUGUUAACUGUAUAUUUUUCUGGGUUCCAUUCCUUGAUGAUGGUUUAAACAAAAACAGAAUUUCAUCUCUUAGGACAAUAUUAGAUGCAGAUAUAAAAGACUUCAAAGUUAAUUAAGUAUUCUAAUAGAACAUCAAAACAAUUUCAACACUGCUGUUGAUACUUAAAUUAUUGCAUUUAGACUGUUUUUGGUUUUAUUUUAAGAAACUGUGAUGAUAGACAUGUAGAAUUUCAGAAGUCCUUACAUGUAUGUGAUAUUCAUGAAAUCCAUUAAUUUAUUUUAUUCUAAUGUACACUUGUAUGAUUAUACAUGUAAUUGCAUUUAAUGUACAUAAUAUUGAAUAAAUUUG